AUUCAUUCACGAAAACUUUCCCAACGAUGAUUACGUUCUCUAAUCCUCUCCUAAACCCGGUUAAAUUUCCGGGUCGAACUCUCAAACCGAAAUCCCUAAACCCUCAUCUCUUCUCAUUUCAUUUUCCAAACCCUAGCCUUCACUUACGUCACUCGCAAUCCUUCAUGGCGCUCCACAUCUGCAAACCCAAACCCAGAUCCCUCUGUAACUCACUUCUCGUUCACCGUUUCUCAACUUCCCAAAAUGACAACAAUGCAAACAACAACAGCAACAACUCUUUCUCUUCCCAACAAUCUUCACUCAACUCUUAUUUUAGUGAUGUCAAAGCCAGCCUCAAGAAGCCCUCCCAAAUUCAACAGCAGCAGCAGAACGCGACCGUUUCACCAUUUUCCAGAGCAGCACCCUCCGAAUCAGCUUCCCUAGAAGAGAUCCGAAAUAAACUUUCCGAGUAUCGGCAACGUACCGUCGUUCCACCACCCACGGGAGCAAACCCAUCAUCCUCCUUUCAAGAAAUUUACAAAAGAAACAAAAACAGCGAUUCGAAACCUGGUGCAACGCUAUCUUUUGAGGCAAUUAGAGAGAGUUUAAGAAAAAAGAAAUUAAAUAGUAGUAAUAGUAGAAUUGAUAGCAAUGUGGCUGCUAAUUCGUUGUCUUUGUCGGCGUUAAAAUAUAGCUUGAAACUGAAGCCGCAAGACGGGAGUACAAUAAUAGGUGGGACCCAGGAGUUGCCGGCGUCUGUGAUCGGGAAGGAGAUGAAGGUGGAGAGAAGUGGAGAUAGCCAGGCGAUGAGGACAGAGUUUGUGAAAAUGUAUAGCUAUGGAGAAUUGGGGGCUAAGUUGAAGGAAUUGCGAGGGGAGGGAUGGGAAGGAGGAUUUUCGUUGGCAGAGUUGAAUGAAAGGUUAAUGAAACUGAGGGAGAUGGAAGAGAAGGAAAGCGAGAUACGGAUUGGCGGUGGUUGGUACGGAGAUUUGAGGGAGUGCUUGGUGAAUCUCAAGAUGUCUAGCGAAGAAAAAACCAAGAAAUUAACGAGCCAGGGGCUUCAAGCAUUAGGUCACUUAAGUCUAACACCAGAAUAUAUGAGGCAUCCCCCAAAGGAACAUUUAGUUGAGAAGUAUUUUCAUCCUGAUAACAUGUCUUCGGCGGAAAAAAUGAAAAUUAAGCUUGCAAAAGUUAGAGAAGAAUUUAAGAUGUCAGAGUCAGAUUGUGGAUCUGCUCGAGUACAGGUGGCACUACUCACAAGUAAGAUCAAGCAUUUAUCUUCAGUUCUGCAUAAAAAGGAUAAACAUUCUAGAAAGGGUCUUACAGCGAUGGUGCAGAGGAGGAAGAGAUUGUUGAAAUAUCUCCGAAGAACAGACUGGGAUUCCUACUGUUUUGUGCUCUCUAAACUGGGUCUUCGGGACAAUCCGGACUACAAAACAAAAGCUUAAGCUACUUAAGAUCAAGAACUAGAUUAUAAUGCAUGUAACAAUCUUAAUUUUCUGUGUUUUUUUUUUACUUUUCAUUGGUUGCUUGGGCAAAUAUUAUACUAAAAUCCAGCCAAUUUUUUUUCUUCUCAUUCCUUGUCCCGUCUAGAGGUAAGCUUGUAGUUGGUUAUGUAUGCCUCCUACUAGAUGACUGCUGUUGAAUUUUGACUGAAAUAUUAUACCGAAAAAUAGGAAAAGACUUUGAAAUAUUUA